AUGGAUGAUAGUAUAGUAUUUGAUGUAUUAUAUGAUGGUAAUACAUUACCAAUGGUUUUACCUAUCAAUGCAACCAUAUCAAUAUUAAAAUCAACAUUGGAAGCAUAUACAGGUAUACCAAUUAAUAAACAAAUGUUAUUAAAUUUAGUAAAUGUAAAUGAAGAUACAACAUUGGCAUCAAUGGAUUUAUCAAGAGUUGAAAUGGUACAAGUUGAUGAAUCAUCAAACAAUACAGAAGCAGCAACAACAACAACAACAACAGUAGUAGCAGAACAAAAUAAUACUACACCCAACAACAACAAUGUUGUAUCACCAUCUUCAAAUAUAAAUGCUAUCAAUAUAAAUGAAAGCAAUAAUAGUAAUAGUUCACCAAGUAUUGCAACUCCACCAGUAAAUAAUAGUAGUAAUAAUAAUGAUGAUGAAAAUAAUAAUAUUGAAACAUUUUCAGACGAUGAUGAUGAUGCAAUGGAUGGUGGUGAUUAUGAUGUAUCUAGACCAUAUGUAACAUCAAGAUUUGCAACAAAUUAUUUCCCCAAUUCAUCUUUUGAUCAAGACUCUAAUCUAUCACCACAAGCUUUGACAGAAUUCUUGGAUCAAGUAUCUUAUCCAACCUUUGCAAGUGAUUAUGCUAGUUUUGGAAUGAAUCUUCCAGAACCAUUCCAAGGUAGUUAUAAAGAAGCUCUCAAUGAAGCAAAAUUACAAGGUAAAUUGGUUCUUACCUAUUUACAUAGUCCUGAAUCUGAACAAUGUGUAAUGUUUUGUUCAAUAUUAGAACAAGAAAAAGUAUUUGAAUUUAUAAUGAAUAAUUAUAUAUUUUAUGUUGGAACUAUAAAUGAAACUGCACAAAUGUUAUUAUUUAAUCUAAUUCCAUUUGAAAGUUAUCCAAUCGUUGCUCUUGUUGCCAAUUUUAGUAGUACCCCAAGAGUUUUGGAAUUAUUACAAGGUAUCACAGAUGGCGAUGAAUUUUAUUCUAAAAUUAUUCAUCAAUAUACUUCAAAUAUGCAAGAAUUGGAUAGAAUUAAAGCUGAAGAAGAACAAAAACAAGAAGAAAGAAGAUUAGUUCAAGAUCAAGAUGAAGCAUAUGAAGAAUCAUUAAAGGCAGAUAUUGAAAAGGCAAAAAAAGAACAACAAGAGAGACAAAGAAUAGAACAAGAGGAACAAAAGAUAAAUGAUGCCAAACAAUUGAGAUUGGAUCGUAUCAAUUUGGUUCCACCCGAACCUGCCAAAGGUCCAAAAUCUACUCAAAUUAUUUUUAAAUUACCAGAUGAUUCAAAAUUGGAAAGAAGAUUUAAUUCUACAGAUACUUUACAAACUUUGAGUGAUUUUCUUCAUGGUAGUGGAAUAGAGAUUGAGAAUUUCCAAUUUGUUACACAGUUUCCAAAAAAAGUUUAUACUGGUCAAGAUUUUAAACAAACUUUGGAGGAAUCUCAAAUUCAUCCUCAAUCAAUUUUAAAUGUUAGAUCAAAUGAUGAAUAA